AUGGAAUUAUCGUUUAUAGACAAAUUGGCUCUCGAAAAACUCACUGGCAUUACCAGUGAUGCCAAGUCUAGCUCGGAGGGCAAGCACGACGAGAACGAUGUUGAUGGCAUGGAGCCCGAAGAACCUGAAAAGGCAGAUCUCACAGACCUCAUGGCAGAUGGGGAUGAGGCAAACGCCGAACCCAAUGCGAAGGCAGCCGAAGUCAGCUCCAAGGAGGUUUUUGAAGAAGCCAAUCAAUCAACUAAGCAGGCUCAAAGCACAGACGAAGAUAUGACGGAGCCUGAAGUCCGCAAUACCAGCACCCUCUCUAUCAAAAGUCGGGGCCAUCCGAUCGGACUGCGGGCCUCGUAUCCCAAAUCAUGGAUUCGCACCUACCAGGUGGAGAUCACCAAGCCCGCCAGUUGGGCGAUGAGCAAGCGUAUCAUGAGAGGACUGAAGGUGCACAGUACUUACGACCUGAUGGGUGAUGUGAUUCGCUGCGGCAUCAUCACACAAGGGCAAUUGGCGGGACACAUCAUGGGCGUUCUUCUCGCGGGUUCCCGUCUUGACGAUACAACAAAGAAGUAUCUCGCAGGAUUGACGUCAGGCAACGAGGCUGGCCGGCAGGCGCUGUCAAAUGAGAAGAUUUAA